AUGUUCGUGAAGUUCGUCGCACUCUUCGCUCUGAUGGCGGUCGCUAGCGCCAGCGACCUGUCCAGUUUCGCCUACAGCGUGGCGGACCCCUACACCGGUGACUUCAAGCACCAGAUCGAGAACCGCGUGGACAACAACGUUGCUGGCCAGUACUCUCUGCUGGAGUCUGACGGCACCCGCCGCACUGUGGACUACGCCGCUGGUGCUAAUGGCUUCAACGCUGUCGUACGCAAGGACCCCGCUCUCAUCCCUUACGCUGCCCCCGCCAUCGCUCCCAUCUCAUACGCCGCUCCUUACGCCUACGCCAAGUUUGGAAAAUUCUACGGCUCUCCUUUCCCAUACGCUCACUACUUCUGA